GAAAAGUGAGGUUAUUUCCGUGAAAACUUUUACAACAACGAGUAUUUUAAAUCACAAACAGCGUGUACGUAUUUAGUAGUAAUAAAUACAGCAAAAGAGGGUGACAAAUAAUCGGACAAACUACUCCGUUUGUACAAGUUCAGACAUAACCUCAGUGUUUCACGAUGGGUGACGGCGACGCCUUUCCACCUUUUUUCUUCUCGAAAGCCCCCUUACCCGAAAAGGUGAACCUAAUCAACUUAAAAGACGGCAGAGAUAAGCUCUACUGGAUGCUUUCAGUCGACAACAAGUCGCGACUUAGCGAGCAAACAACGGGGGCUGUGUUGGCCCCGUACGACGACAACGACGCGGAAAUGCUCGACUGCGGCGACUUGGAGGACAAUUACGAAAUCAACCCCACAAAAUCUGGCAAGUUUAUCACCACUUUCUACGUCCCGUCGUCGUUGCAUUCCGUCAUUGUGGGGGCCCGCGGCUCCAAACUACGCGAGUUACAAAACACCACAAAUACUCUGAUUAAAGUUCCAAGACCCAAUGAAGAGCCCAUUGUCAAGAUAACGGGGCACAGUGAGCGCAGCGUGGCUUCCGCGAGGACUCAGAUCGCCCUCUUGGUGCUCGCCCGACGGGAGCGACUAUCCAUAACCCAUUUUGUGUCAAUUCAAAUUUACUCAGACAAUAUUAAACGCAACUUUUUGAACUUCAAAGAUUCAAUCCUCAACGGUCCGUCAACAAGGGGCAUUGACGAAACUAUUUUCCAAAAAGUGGAAAAGUUUCACUUAACUAUAGUCACUCUAGCGUUACUAGAUGAGAAAGAAAUUGAAGACACCAAACAACUAUUAAAUAGGUGCCAAAGCACCGUUCAGAAACUCUUUCUGGGUAAAAAACCCAAAAUCGUUGUAAAAGGGGUGGAAAUCAUGAACGACGAUCCCUCAGAAGUGGAUGUUUUAUAUGGGAAAGUCUCGCUAGACAGUCGCGAGGACGUGGAAAGUCUCCAAGAAGCGGCUGACGAGAUCUUAGAAGCGUUUUAUCGCAACGGUUUAGUGAAACGGCAGUUUGACAGCGUCAAGCUUCACGUGACUUUAAUGAAUUCGUUGUUCCGGAAAAGCGACGAUUUUCAGAGGGAGCCUGGAGCGAAACGGGAGUCAUUUGAUGCCACUUAUAUCCUUGACAAAUACAAGGACUACUAUUUUGGGAAAACUAGUCUUGAAAAAAUACACUUGUCAGUCAGAUUUACUACAACUCAGAGUGGAUAUUACCAAUCAGCUGCUACCAUUACUCUUUAAUUUUUUAUUUUUGUUUAUUUUAUUAACAACUGGUGCUGUUUCAAA